CACCAACAUUAGUGCAAGCAGGUGACACGUAGGCUGCUUGAUUGUGUGCUAAACAGGUGGAGCGAGAAGGCACAUCUACAGGACCUCCACCUGAGGGUUACACCAGCUGGGGUUUUCCUUCCCUGCUACAUAGUGGAGGUCACUAACCAAGCUUCACAAUGUUUGAUGGAGACUAUGACUACCUCAUCAAGUUUUUAGCAUUGGGAGACUCCGGUGUAGGAAAAACUAGUUUUCUCUACCAAUAUACAGAUGGGAAAUUCAAUUCUAAGUUCAUCACAACAGUAGGCAUAGACUUCCGGGAAAAGAGAGUGGUAUAUCGUUCAAACGGUCCGGAUGGAAUUGCUGGCAGAGGUCAGAGGGUUCACCUGCAGUUAUGGGACACAGCAGGUCAGGAAAGGUUUCGCAGUCUCACAACCGCCUUCUUCAGGGAUGCAAUGGGAUUCCUUUUACUUUUCGACCUGUCAAAUGAACAGAGCUUCCUGAAUGUCAGGAACUGGAUAAGUCAGUUGCAAAUCCAUGCAUAUUGUGAAAACCCAGACAUUGUGAUGUGUGGAAAUAAAAGUGAUCUUGAGGAUCAACGAGCUGUUAAGGAAGAAGAGGCAAAGGAAUUUGCUGAGAAAUACGGAAUCCCCUAUUUUGAGACUAGCGCUGUAGAUGGAACAAACGUGAACAAGGCGGUGGAGACUUUGCUGGAUCUGAUCAUGAAGCGGAUGGAACGGUGUGUGGACAAGUCUUGGAUACCUCAGGGGGUGGUCCGGUCCAAUGGCCAUAGCUCUACUGAGCAGUUAAAUGAGGACAAAGACAAAGGCAAAUGUGGAUGCUGAGACCACCCCUUAAAAUACACCCAUAAUGCCACCCCUUAGUGCUGUUGGAGUUCUGUGGUCAUGAUUUCUGAAUAUACUUUUUAACGUUAUUACUUCAGAACUUAGUGCGACAUUCCAAAAAUCCAGAAGCAUUACUGCUUUAUUUUCAUGUAAAAUGUGCUAUUCAUAAUUGGUUUUACAUAAGCAUACGGCCAUGUAUUCACCGUAGUGUUGCCGUCCAGCAUUUCCUUUUUAAGCAGUAUUUCUGACCCCUUCCAGUAUGUUUAGGCUUCCCAGCAAUACCUAUACAGUCCCUGUUAUGCAUGUGUGCACAGCUAAUAAUACACAAAUUAUAUAUACGAUUUCUUAUGUUUCAACAGGAAAUUAGUGCAGAAUAAAAACCAGCAAAAGUUCUCCAGGGCUGUUUCUAAGCGAUGACAUUGUAUGUGCCAUAUUUGCAUUUUGGGACCCUUUAGGACAGAGACAGUUCCACACUGGUCCUGGUGAGAUGCUGCCACAAUGUUCUAAGAGGCCAAAAUAAUACAAAGACUCGGUUAAAAAUGGUGCACUCAGAGGAUAACAGCGACAGCUAUUUUACUUUUUCUUCACUACUUCUGUGGUGCUCUUGGCUGGGGGCUGUUCUCUCUUCCUAAUAUUAUUAAUUGGUGACAAGAUAAUAUAGAUAUACAUUGAAUUUCCAUUAUUGUCUAUCAUUGUAAACUUAAAUAGAGGCUAAGGAUUACUUUAUCUUUCAACUUACCAAAAGAACAAUAUUUGCCCCGAUAUUUUGUAACGUGGUUUUGAUUAGUAACGCCACUUUGCCUUUGUACUACUUUUUAUAGCUACAGCUUUAUUUAUUAAUAGGGGCAGUUAACAAUGCUGAAUAAUGAGUCGGUAAUCCUGUGCUCAGAUGUAAUGUGGCAUUAUAAUAAGAAAUUCAUAUUUGUAAUAUCUUCCUACAUCUGCAAUUCAACAGAACAUCCUGUACAUUUUGUAUACCAAACUCACUAUAAUGGUAAGAAAUCUUACUUCCUAUAUAUCAGGCUGGAAGGACUGAUUAUAGGUGUUGUCCCGCUGAUUCAAAUAUUUGAAAAUGGGCUUAGAAUGGUAUAAAAUAAUUCACACUCGCCUUACCGAUCCCCCACUACUGCCGUUCUGAUGCUUCCUGGUUUCUCUUGUCUCCUUACUUCCUGGUCUGGACGCACAGGAAAUAAAAUGUUCAGCCAGUCAGUGAUUUAGCGAAGCACUGAUUUCCUGUGUGUUGAAAGAGACCAGGAAUAAGAGUCCAUCGGGGACCGGGAAACAUCGGAACAUGAGCGGUAGGUGAUCAGUGAUUGGAGUAUCACUACUUUUGGGGGGGGGGGUUUAUGUCAUUCCGACCCUUUAAAAAAUAAAAUAAAAAAAUGACUGACUGUACAACCCUUUAAAAAAAUAAAAUAAAAUGGUUUCAUAGGAAACAUCCUUACAUUAACAUAUAGUUGUAAAAUACAUUCCAAUGAAGUGAAGCUGUGACCUAAUUUAGGGCCAAAUCAUUAACAAUUAAACCAUUCCCUGCCAUAACACACUCCUACAAUGAGACUGAUUUGAAGCCCCUUUUUUCAUACUUUUGUUGGAUUUGAGAAGGUUAGCAGCCACGCAAGUUCCCAGCAUUGAAAUACGCUCCUUUUUGUAUAACUUUAAAUCUCUUAUUCCACUGUUUAGAAGCAGAUGUGAAUUGUAAAAAAAAUAGGACUAAUAAUGGCAUGAGUUUUUUUUUUUUUUUUUAAGUAUCUAAAGCUUCUAAAUACACCCAUUAUGUUUCUGCAAAGGGUGCAAGAAGGUGAGAGGAUUUGCACUGUACAUAUACAGACAUUAUACAUACACAUAACACUAGUUUCCUCACUUAUUUAUUCAUCUGUAGAUUGUAAGGCUUCGUAUUUGGGUAGAAUUCCCUCUCCAGAAGUGGUGACUGCACCAUGCCGCUUUUUACCUGUCACUUACAUUGAUGCAGUGUAGCACUGUACAUUAGCGGUAUACCUCAAUAUCGGAAAGUAACUGCUAAACCCAUGAUAUUUUCUUCCCAGCAGACAGCAUACUUCGUGUUAGUGAUCCCUUACCAGUAAACAGACUAGAUCUUCUCCCUCUGAGCUUCCUGCUAAAUGUAGUCCGUCCACUGCAGACAUACAGGAUAACAUUGAGUGCCUUCUCAGAGCAGUCAUGCAAAGUAGUGUGAGUGUUCCCGGGUACUGCCGUGCCAAAUACACUUUACUCUUCGUCUUCAGCUACUUUUUCAAGUGUUGUCUUUGUACUUAUAUCGCAUGUCCUAUUGGGCCAGGCCAUUUGCUGUCUUGGUUACAAAAUGAAGAAUAUUUUUCUUUUUUUUUUAUAUUGGUCUGAAAUAAGAUUUAAAGUGAGAUUUAAUACAUAUACUUAAAUGGCAUAGUGUUGACGAGGUGAUGAUGUAUAUUGUUUGUAUCCAGAUGUUUUACAAAACAAUGAAAUAUAUUAAAAUCUAUUAUCAAAUAAA